AGCUCACCCGCAUGUGCGGAGCGGAGCCGGCAUCGCGCCCAGCGCCGGUGGACAGCGCGGAAACGUUCACCUAUGUGUUCAGCACAAUGAGUUGGCAUCCUGGGUGUUAGCAGCGUGAGGAGACCAGGACUGGUGCUGCCCUGCUCACCCCCUCGUCCCCUCGCUUGUUCCUCUUGGGGAGACAGGUGCUGGCAUCCCUGCCCUGCCCUUCUGCCCCUUGCCCCCCGCUUGCCAUAGAGGGGACGGGCCCGUUAUGGCUGGGGACAGGCUCCCACGGAAGGUGAUGGACCCCAAGAAGCUGGCCAGCCUCCUGAGGAAGGGGGCAGAGGGCACCUUGGUCAUCGACAGCCGCUCCUUCGUGGAGUACAACUCCUGGCACGUCCUCAGCUCUGUCAACAUCUGCUGCUCCAAGCUUGUCAAAAGGAGGCUCCAGCAGGACAAGGUCUCCAUCACAGAGCUCAUCCAGCCUGCUUCCAAGAUGAAGGUGGAGGCUGAGGAGCACCAGGAUGUGGUGGUCUAUGACCAGAGUACACGAGAUGUGACUGGUUUGGCUGCUGACAGCUUCCUCUCCAUCCUCCUGGGCAAGCUGGACAGCUGCUUCCACAGCGUCUCCAUCCUCACAGGAGGCUUUGCCACCUUCUCAUCCUGCUUCCCAGGGCUCUGCGAGGGAAAGCCAGCUGCCAUCCUGCCAAUGAGCAUCUCCCAGCCCUGCUUGCCCGUGGCCAAUGUUGGCCCCACACGCAUCCUGCCACAUCUCUACCUGGGCUCCCAGAAAGAUGUCCUGAACAAGGACUUGAUGACCCAGAAUGGGAUAAGCUAUGUCCUCAACGCCAGCAACUCCUGUCCCAAGCCAGACUUCAUCUGUGACAGUCACUUCAUGCGCAUUCCUGUCAAUGACAACUACUGUGAGAAGCUGCUUCCCUGGCUGGACAAGUCCAUAGAGUUCAUUGACAAGGCCAAGGUGUCCAGCUGCCAGGUGAUCGUGCACUGCUUGGCCGGGAUCUCCCGGUCGGCCACUAUCGCCAUUGCCUACAUCAUGAAGACCAUGGGUAUGUCAUCAGAUGAUGCUUACAGGUUUGUUAAGGACCGUCGCCCAUCCAUCUCGCCCAACUUCAACUUCCUGGGGCAGCUCCUGGAGUACGAGAGGAGCCUGAAGCUCCUCAAGGCCCUGAAGUCCAAGGGUGACCGCGGAGAGGGGGAUGCCCAGCAGGACCUGGCAGAGGCAGCUGAGGGCAGCCGGCACCCCCCACCACCACCACCACCACCACCACCUACCUCAGAGAAGGCCGAGGAGGUGCCGAGAGGUGCCGACUCAGCGUCCCCCCACAGCGACCACGGCGGGACCCCAAAGGUCCUCUCGCCCACCACCCUGCAGCAGGGGCUCCACGGGCUGCACCUCUCCUCCGAGCGCAUCCAGGACACCAACCGCCUGAAGCGCUCCUUCUCCCUGGACAUCAAGUCCGCCUACUCCCCCGGCCUGCAGCAGGAACCCCCCGGACCCCCCGGCCCUGGGGACACCCCCAAACUCUGCAAGCUGGACAGCCCUUCAGGCCCUGGCGGCCUCAGCCCCUUCGCCCCAGGAGCAGACAGCCCUGAGCGGGUGGCCGGGCCCGACCUGCUGCUGGAGGCCAAGGUGAGGCAGCGGCGGAAGCACCGGCACCCGGCGGGCUCCCCGGCACACGGGGGGCUCAGCCUCAACGUUGGCAGCGCCUGCGCCCCACGCAAGAGCCCUGGCGCCGAGGAGGGACUGCCACCCCGGCUGGGACAGCCGCCUGCCACCACUGCCACCACCACCACCAGGAGCGGGGUGCACCUGGAGUCCCCCAGCACCCCCUCCGGAGAGGCCGCUUGGUACUUCGGCACGGACUCAGGUGGUGCCGGUGGCGGCAGCGGGGCCCUGUUCGGUGGUGGAGGCCCCUACCCCCCACCCUUCGGCUGUGGCGGGGUGUCGGGGGGCUGUGAGAUCAGACUGAGGGACAAGGCGAGGGCCGAGCCGCGGGACGGGCGGCACAGCUGGCACGAGGAGGCCGGAGCCGAGAAGCAGUUCAAGAGGAGGAGCUGCCAGAUGGAGUUCGAGGAGACCAUGUCGGAGGGCAGGGCCCGGGAAGAGUUGGGCAAAAUCGGGAAACAGUCCAGCUUUUCAGGCAGCAUGGAGAUCAUCGAGGUGUCCUGACACCCACCCGCGGCGCCUGGAGA